AUGCGCUCCCUGGCUCUUGAGACAAUCAAUGUCAACAAUCCUGCAGAUCAAUGGCUCGAGGUGUUCACUGAUGGAUCAUAUAUGGAAAACCAAGUAAACCUUAAACGACAGCUGAUUGUCGUCUCCAGGCUUGUACCCCUUAGGACAGCUGAUUGUCGUCUCCAGGCUUGUACGUCUGCGUUCUUCCAGUCUGAUAGGUGUUGCGAAGGGCGUCCCGCUUUCUUUUCAGUUCCUCCUUUCUUUUCAGUUCCUCAAGGUGUUUAG